AGGGUUGGCAACAAAGAACAAGUCAUUUCACUUUUCGUUGGUUUCGUGUAUUUGUGCUGGCUUUCGUCUCGGUGAUGAUCUGCGAAGUAUUACUCUGACUGCCUCCGUGACUGCCUAGUGGCCAGGGGACAGGAUGACCAUCUCCAGCCAGCUGGUGGUGCCCAUGACCUUGUGGGGCAAGGUGGCACCCACCCACUGCAUGUGCUCCGUCUUCAUCACCAAGGAUCAGAAGAUGAUUGUCACAGGCUGCAACGACGGGCAAAUCUGUGUCUGGGACAUCGUCGACGGCACAAAGGUGGUGCCCCGCAGCAUGCUGUUUGGGCACACAGGUCCCGUGCUGUGCCUUGCCAGUGCGUCGCCCACCGGAGAUGGCUCCCUGCUGGUCAGCUCUUCAGAAGCUGGGGAGAUGUCCCUGUGGGAUCUAACAGACGGACGCUGCCUAGAGAGUACCAAGCUGCCGUACGUGCACACCUAUAUGCAGUCGCACAUGCUGUGCGGAGGGGACGUCUCUCAUCUGUUCUGCAACGGCUACUAUGCGGAUGUGGUGGUCUUGGACACCAUGACCCUGACGGUGGCCUUUUCGCUGGUGUCGAGAGCCACCUCAGAUUGGAUCAGCGCCAUGCACGUCAUCCGGACCCCCAAGCGAAGCGAGGACAUCAUUGUUGCUCUGUCAUCCUCUGGCUUAACCAAGGUGUGGAUGCUGUCUCCUGAAGAUCUCAAGUCGGGAGAAGCUCUUUACGAGUGCGAGUCGAAGCCGAUCCGGUGCCUGAACGCGUUGCGGCUGACCUGUUGUGCCUACAACCAGCGGACCAUCCUCGUGGUCACUGCCAAGUACUGGCACAUCUACGAUGCCAACGACUUCGUGCUGCUGUGCACGAUGGAUAGCCGGCCCGGGGAGCGCUGGAUGGGCGGAGACUUCAUCUCGGCCGACCGGGUGUGCGUGUGGAGCGACCAUGGCAGGGGCUACCUCUACCAGCUGCCUGCACACGCCAUUGCAGAAAGCAAGGAGUACCGAAGUGGAGCCGAAAACAAGGAUAACCCAUUUCUCUUUUGUGUGCUUGCCGCCAAGAAUACCGAGCGGCUGCUGUGCCCUCCAGCCAUGGGCUACUUCCUGGGCCCCCGGAGUGGCCUCCACAGGGUGCUCCUGCGGGGGGACUCGAGCGGCCGGGUGACCCUCUGGAACGUGCUGGACGUGGCCGCCUCGGAUGUGGGCAGGAUGCGCCAGGAGUCUGGAACCUUGGCCAGGAUGGAACCUUUCCUGACCCUGAGCCUGCAGGAAGCCUGGGAUGAGAUGAAGCCGUCUCCGCCCGGGAUUCUAGACAAGAUGGAGCUGCCCGGGGAGCAGCAGGAGCUGAAGCUGACGGCAAGCGUGUACCUGCCCCUGCAAGGGCGCCUGGUGGUGGGCAGGGAGGACGGCAGCAUCGUGGUGGUGUCUGCCACCCAAGCCGUCAUGCUGCAGCUGCUCUACGGGAAGCACCACCACGACGAGCGUCCCCAGCACCAGCUGCUGCACGGCCACGUGGGGCGGGUGACGUGCCUGCUGUACCCACACCACGUGCACUCGCGCUACGAGAUUGCCCACCUGGUCUCCGGAGGGGUGGACUUCUCGGUCUGCCUGUGGGACCUCUACGCGGGCACCCUGCUGCACCGCUUCUGCGUCCACGCCGGGGAGGUCUCCCAGCUCCUGGUGCCCCCCAACAACUGCAGCAACCGUGUGCUGCAGAGUGUGUGCAGCGUGGCGAGCGACCACUCGGUGGCCCUGGUGGGGCUGAAGGAGCGCAAGUGCGUCAUGCUGGCCUCCCGGCACCUCUUCCCCGUGGCGGUGGUCAAGUGGCGCCCCUUCGACGACUUCAUGGUGGUGGGCUGCUCGGACGGCUCCGUCUACGUCUGGCAAAUGGAGACUGGUCACCUGGACCGGGUGCUGCAAGGCCUGCAGGCGGAGGAGGUGUUGAGCGCCUGCGACGAGCACACGGGCCACCCCGGAGAGCGCAUGACCAACCCAGCCGUGCACCUGUUUCGGGGCCUGCGCCACCGCAACAUGGCGGCUAUCCGCCACGCCGCACAGAGGGGGCUGCACCACCUCCAGCACCACCCGCACCACCACCAGAGCUCUCAGGUGCCCCCCGAAAAACUGCACCACCAGCAUGGAAUGGGGCACGACGUCGGCGACAGUGCCCAUGCCCGAGCCAGGACGCAUCCGCUCAUGAUCCAGGGCCUGAGGACCAAUCCCGUCGAUCAGGACAGCCACGUGCUCUUCUUCGACAUUGAGGCGCUCAUCGUGCAACUGCUGUCAGAAGAAUACUCUACCAUGUCCCCCGGCACCCUGGAGUCCCAGGGUCUGAUCAACCAGUCGGAGUACCAGAAGUACCUCACCUUGUCCUCCUCGCCAGAGACACACAAGAAGAUCUCGGGCUUCAUUGCCAAGGUCAAAGACACAGCCGAGACGGCAGCCUCCAGAAUUCAAGCCAAGGCCGAAAGUGUUGGCAUCAAGACAUCUCAGACGGACGUAUCGGGUGCCAGCAAACCAGGCGAGGCAAGGAGUGCGGCGGCGCUGGCGGCAGGCUCCAAGCUGAAGCACCUGAGCCUGGCGGAGACGAACCUGACCAUGGAGAUUGCCCAGCUGCUGCUCUCCCUGCUCCACGCCUGGGGGCUGGACCAUGACCUGGACAAGGUGUGUGAGGGCAAGCUUGGCCUCCUGUGCCCCAUGCGCCCCAUCUGCUUCGGGCUGCUCUCCCGGGGAGGACACAUGAGCCUGCUCCUGCCCACCCACACCUACCGCAUCAUACCCUCCGAGGACCCACAGGCAGCAGCACCCAGCAAGCCCGAGGCUCGCAAGGUGACCAUCCCGGUGCCGAAGGAGCAGAUAGAGGAGGAAGAGCGGGCACGCCGCUUCUCGUCCCGGGGCCACUGGGAGCUGUCAACGGCCGUAACCACCAACCACCUGCUGUCGGUCAUCGCCCUGGCAAACACCCUCAUGUCCAUGAACAGCGCCACCUUCGUGCCAGAGCAGGAAAAGCGGCGCAAGCUGCACAGGCGCCUGAGCCGCGCGGACAGCCGAGCCUUCGUGAUGACGGCGGCGGAGGUGCCCCCUGGGAGCGCGGCGGUGGACAGCAGCGGGGCGCUGGCGGUGAUCCAGGAGGUGCUGACGCAGCAGCAGGCUCAUGUCAAGCAGGGCUGGAGCUUGCUGGCUGCGCUGCACUGCGUCCUGCUGCCGGACCUCGUGCGCACUCAGGACUUCAAGCGGCCUCAGGUCGAGAUGCUGGCACGCCGCUGGCAGGACCGCUGUCUCGAGGUUCGGGAGGCAGCGCAGGCCCUGCUGCUCGCGGAGCUGCGCCGCAUCGGGCCCAAGGGGCGCAAGGCGGUGGUGGACGAGUGGGGGGUGUACCUGCCCAACUACGGGGAGACCUUCCCAGCACCCCACGCGCACCACCCGCCCGGCCAGGGAACGCAGCACUCCGGCUCGCAGGCGACGGCCGGGCAGCAGCUGGUCCCCGCCACCUCCCCGGCGAGCUCGGAGGGCAGCCCGGCGAGCUUCCAGGUGGGCUCCCCCCUGGCAGCGGGCAGCAGGCCCAGCUCGGGGUCGAGCACCCCGUCAGGGCUCCAGAAGACGGACACCUUGCGCACCGCCAACGAGCCCCAGAACUCCUCAGAGGAGGAGGAGGACGAAGACAGGGAAGGCGGGGAACCCACAUCGAAGCACGCCUGGAGUGCUGCAGAGGGCCGGCGCAAGCAGUCAACGGCCAUUGUUCUUCUGGGCGUCAUCGGGGCCGAGUACGGCCACGAGAUUGAGCAGAGCAAGCGCAAGAAUGCAGACGACCAGAAGAAGAAGUCCCUCAUGGACGGCUUUGGCCCCGUCAACUACUCCCUCGCACGCCACACCAGCCAGGCGCUGGCGUACCUGUUGCUGACCCCAGCGACGGCGGCCCUCCCCGCCCACACGUCCCUGCGGCGCGCGGCCAUCGACCUGAUUGGCCGAGGGUUCACAGUGUGGGAGCCCUGCCUGGACGUGUCCCGCGUUCUACUGGGCCUGCUCGAGCUCUGCUGCGACUCCGACAAGCUCGUUCCCAGCAUGUCCUACGGCCUGCCGCUGACGCCGGCGGCGGACUCGUGCCGCACGGCACGGCACGCGCUGUCGCUGAUAGCGACGGCCCGUCCGCCGGCCUUCAUCACGACGCUGGCCCGGGAGGUGCACCGCUACAACACGCUGGCCCAGAACGCCCAGUCGCUCAACAUCUCCCUGCACCAGACGGUGCUGAGCAGGGCCCGCCCGGAGAUCCUGCGCAUCGUCGAGCUGCUCAUCGACAAGAUGCAGACGGAGGUGGCCGACCUGCUUGUGGAGGUGAUGGAAAUCGUGCUCCACUGCCUGGACCCUACGCAGCUCAAGACACGGGGCCUUGAAAACCUCUUCCCCGCCAUCUGCAGGUUUAACAAUGUGAGCUACUGCGGAGCGACUCGGCGCAUAGCUGUGGGCGCCAAGACCGGCCAGCUGGCUCUCUACGAGCUGCGGGCAUCCAAGUCGCAGCUGAUAGCUGCGCACUCUGCAACCGUGGUGGCCUGCACCUUCUCCCCCGAUGGCAAGUACCUGGCCACUUACUCGAGCGGGGAGAACAAGCUCUGCUUCUGGCAGACUGCGGCGGGACUGUUUGGGCUGGGCAAUGCGCAGACACGCUGCGUGCGCACCUACUCGACGCCCCCGCUGCCCAAGAGCGUGAGCGCCAACCCUCUCAAGAUGGCCCGCCUGGUCUGGGUGACGAGCCGUGUUGUCAUCCUGCUGCUGGCCGACGGCUCCGAGCACCGAUUCAACCUCAGUUAAUCCACGCCCCUUUAUCCUUGAGCCUCGGGCCAGAAGUACAUACCCACAACCCACUCGUACCACCUUGUUCCGGCACGGCUGCCGCGGCCGCCACAUCGCGCUCUUUCUCCGGUCGUCUGCUUCUUCUCGGGCCCGUUCCACCCUUCCCCUGUCUCGUGCGCCGUGCUUACAGAAAUUGGGCGACCGGGAGGGGCCCUUAGUUCGUUGCAGGUUAAGAACGGUGGGUUAAACUCCUCCCGUAAGAGCCUCCUCUCUUUCCACUUUAGCAGAGCAACUGCCGGAUAGGAGUAAACGGCCCAUCGUUGCGAGCGGAGAGCACCGUUGGAGGCUCAUUUUGCCGUUAACCUGCGACGGACUAUAGCCGGGUAAAGGUGGCCUCGUCUGCUCCGCCGGCUGCACCGGCAGAGUGGACAAGGUCACGAGCGUGUGCACGUGCAUGAAGACGCGGGCGAUCCGCAGUUCUGGAUGGUGUUUGUAGUCAAAUGAUUGAUGGUCGUGCAAUUGUGCACUGCUGUUGUCCGGCUCGUUCGGAACCGGGCAAACGUCUGGUGUUGUUUGGCCGACACGUAGGAAGACGGGUCAAAGCAUGAAACACGCACGAGCGAAUGGUCUCAUUGCACUGCCAAGCGGCGGAACUGUAGAAACUGCCACCAACGCCGUGACGUGUCCAAAAUGUCACAGCAUUUGCUACGGUCGUGCUGCUCUGCGAUGCAGAGCGGCACAACCGUGCGUGUUUUGUGCUUCGGAGAAAGACCAUCGUGUCCGCUAAAUGGUGUCUUCUAAUUUGUGCAGAUCAGGUAGUUUGGAGGCUUAGUGGCAUUGGUGUGAAGAGAUUUGCUUCCUUUGUUUAGGUGCAUGGUUCCUUAAGUGUUUAUUGCUGCAGUUCCGCGUUGCGAAGAGCGCCGUUCCUUCAUCGGAGGAACACUGGUGGUCGCGAGUUCAAUAAUAGAGAGUUAUGCCUAUUUUGUAAGUAACUCAAGGUUAAGGUACUGGCAUGCACAAAAAAAAAAAAAAAAAAAAAAUGAAACUAUGAGAGUUUUGCCGAAGUAACCCCAAAACUUUGGAUGUAAUAUAUGGAUACUAUCGAGGCUUCUAAGCAUAAUCCCCUUUCUGUUUUGUUGUAAAUGCGACAAAUUGCUGAGGAGUUUUCAAUUUUCAUGCCUAGCAAAGGAAUCAAACGGUGGUGCCUCCACAUUUUGGAGGCUACAUGAUUCACGGUAAUUCUUUGGCAAGCCCCGUUAUGUUUUAUAGAUUAUGUGUUCCGUUGAUAGCCAAAUUGUGAGAGUUUAUGUCGCUGUAAAUAUACUGCUGUUUCACACAUUUAAAAUGAUGUGACCAUCAGUGUGGUUAUGUUGCUUUGUAUUAUGCCGCCUCGUUGUGUACAGGAUGUCACGGGCAGUUGAAUCAUUGUAAAGUCGCCCUAAAAAUUCGAUGCCUGAACGAGGACAGAUUAAAUUUUAAUCAAAGAUGUAUAUUAGUGAUCAGUUUUACCUCAUGAUAUGACAGGGCAGUAAAAAGAAUGAAAUCACAAAAAAUUUAAAUGAAGGUGCAGGUGGCCAACACUUGGGUGCUAUCAAAGGGCAUUGUCACAUGUGUUCAGAAAAUUUUGCUAUAGCCAGGGUCAAUUCAACAAUCCUUUUGUCAAAUUACCCAAGCAUUAAGGAGAAUGUUGGGAACUUAGGUACACAUGCUGCAUGUGCUUGCAUUAUCGGUUUAAAAGACUCAAACUAAAUAAUCAAAAUAAGGCAUUGAUGAAUGCAUGAGCAAAGUGCCAUUUGUUUUAGGUUGUUAGUUUAGAUCCGUUACUGUUGCAGAUGCCAGCACGUGCAACAUGUUUAACACACUCGCGGCGCACUGCUUAGUGCUUGGAUCAUUUGUUAAAAUGCAUUUGAGAGGAUUGUGAGAAUAUAAUAGUAGUUACAAAUGGUAUGCUAUUCUAUAUUUGCUUCAAGACUAACUGCCAUAUUCAUAUUUUUCGAAGUGUUGAUCACGGCAGGUAAGCACUUCUUGCCGAGCACCGGCCCACUGCAGGGAAGCAACUGUCGCUUCUCCGCAGUGCAAUGGUGCUCAGUGAGAAGCACACUCAACGGGGCUAACCUAUCGGGAUCAACAUUUUGAAAAAUAUUAAUAUUCCAGUCUCGCGUGGAGUAUUUUAAAAAAUUUUAAGUUUGUGAAUGUUGAUGUCUCAGUUGCAGUAAAAUUGCAAAGAGCCGACGUAUUCUGUUGUCUGCUUGCUACACCUAUCGUGAGAUGGCGCCACAAGUUAAUAGCAUCACAAACUUAGUCGUCUGCAAUUGCACCCCAAGUUCACUUUGGCAAGUUUCUUGCUCUCAUUUUUUAUAGGAAGAUAACUAUGCCUUGAAAUUUUAUGUGGUAAAACUGGUCUACUCUGUGCACAUUCCAUAAAAGUUGAAGCUUUCCAUGUGCAGGCACCAAUUUUUCUGUCUAGUUUUACAGCCAGAUCCACUUUUUCCACUCCAUAUAAACAAAUGCAGAUCCUACAUGUCUUUUACAUAGUGUAAAAAAAAAAAAAAAAAAAAACUAUGUUUACUGUAAGGCAAAAAGUGCUUGGAAGGUGGAAAGCGGGGGAAGGAUUUUUUUUCUUUCUUUGCAUUAAUAGAAAUGUCCAAACGUCUGGGGAGAAAGUGAAAGGGGGAGGGGGGGGGUGUCACCACCCUUCUGCCUUCCUCAUCCAAUGCCACUGACUGUAAGAGAGAGUAAGUCUGGAAAGUCUACUGUGAACCGUUUGACAAUAUGUGCUAUCCAUUUGCUGGUUCUCAGUUUCAACUGGUUUUCCACAGCACGUACACAUUACAACCGGUGGCCAGUGUUGCCAGUCGAGACAAAGGCCAUGCAAAAAGUCCGACCAGCCGCCUCUCACUUUGAUCAUCAGCCGAAUUUCCUCCGUUGCAGAGUCGCAGUCUGCAUGCCCUAGCAUAUGCAACUACUGCUGUAAAGAGCCGACGUGAACUUGUGUGCUCCUGCGCUGCGGAGGAUCCAAGCCUUUCAGACUGUGCAAUGCCAAGUUGGGGGGGCUCCGUGCCCCCACAGGGCGUAGCGUUCACGAUUCGGGUGGAGGGACGCUUUUUCCUCCAAUCCGAGGAAUUCAAUCUUUCCUUUCUUCUCCCCUAUUGUGAUCUACUUUACAAUUGCCUGGCACCCCGCCACACCGUGUGCAUGCUUGUCCAUGUGCAGCAUUAUCUGUACCCAUGUCCAGGUUAUUAACUCGUUUACUACUACGGGCGUAUCGUGCCGUAAGGCACACCUUGCAUAUCUAGUCGAGCGUCGACCGGCCACAUUGACACAAAGGACGGUUUUGUUAACAUGAAGUUUGUGCUUUGUAGAUGCUUACGAAAUAUAACUGGAGUCCUUAAACAGACGGUUGUACAUUAUGCAAGUUAUACAGUGGAAUCUCGUUAAUUCAAGCCCUCUUUAUUCUAACUCGCAGAUAUUUCAAACUAACAUGCAGGUCCCGCCCUAUGCGUUUCUAGGAAGGAAUCUCCAGGUAAUUCAAACUUUGCAUUAUUGAAACAAAGUUUUGGUCUCUCUCGGGUUCAAAUUAAUCGAGAUUUCACUGUAGCAAUAAUUAGGCCUGGUGCAGCCAGUGUUUGUUCAAAGAUGUUAUGUACAUGAGUAAUAAAUGUGUGGACUUACAUAUGUAUGUGUAUAUGCAUA